UUGCUCGGAAUUAAGUAUCAGUUGGUCAUGAAAAUUAAAUAAAACGUUUUAUUUGAUUUUCAUUUUAAAAACUCCCGUGGUGCUUAGCGAGAAAAUGGCUGACCGAGAGUGACACACGCUGUGUUUCAUCCAAAACUUGUGAUAUUUUCCCGAAUAAUACAUUCCUUAUUGAAAUAUAGACUUAAACGCAUGGUUUAUUAUGUUUGAGUGGUAAAUGUAAAUGAUGCUUUCUUGAAUCCCGGAGGCGGAAGCGUGAUUUGUGUUUAUCGUUACUUUGAUCCUAACGCGUGUUUUUAGCAUCGCAGCAUGGCCACGCUAGCAGCCAAACGCGAGGGACCGCAGUUCAUCAGCGAGGUGGCCGUCAGAGGAAACAGUGCUGUGCUCGACUACUGCCGCACGUCCGUGUCCGCGCUCUCCGGGGCCACGGCGGGCAUCCUCGGCCUGACCGGACUCUACGGCUUCGUCUUUUAUUUCCUCGCUUCUUUCCUGCUGUCUUUGCUAUUGAUUCUCAAAGCCGGUCGCCGGUGGAACAAGUGCUUCAAAUCCCGACGCCUGCUCUUCACCGGGGGGCUCGUGGGCGGCCUCUUUACCUACGUUCUUUUCUGGACUUUCCUGUACGGAAUGGUGCAUGUGUACUAAGGGACUCCGUGUAGAUGUAGUAAGAUGAUAGAGAUGCCUCCGGGUAGAGAGCGCUGAUUGAUUUACCACAGGUUUUGCCCGUGAGUUUAUGUUUAGGCAAAAAAGCUUAUAAUAUUUUCUGUGUACUAAUUGCACUGAAAUUUAGAUAUUUAAAAAAAAAGUGUGUUGUCAUAUUCUUUCCUCUUGUAAUUUAACAUUCUCCUUAUUCUUAUUCCAGGGCGAAGUUGGGUUUAAAUCUAGUAUGACAGCCCAACGGGGAAACUAAUUUGUUUUCAGCUUAAUUUUUGUGUAUGAUGUGCAACACUCAGUGAACUCCAGGCAACAAUCAGAACUAUGUAGAAACACAAUACCGACUUUAACUGUAUAAAUCACAUUGUUUUAUUUUAGCUAGUUUGAGGAAAAUAAACCCUUCACCUCAAA